UUGGUUUAAGUUUGUUUUAUUUUAAUUCUGAGCUUACAAGCACAGUAAAUAAAUGUGUGCGCAGGAAUUAGAAAAGUUGAUCAUAAAAUUCAAAUCAAUUACCAUAUACGAAUUGCAACAUAUAAAACCAAAUUUUUAUACACUGAUUGGCAAGCCUCUUUUUGUUAAGUCGCGCACAGUCUGGCCCACGGCUCAAAAACUGGUUUGAGUUGACUGCGUUCGUGCGUACAAACACCUCCAUACACAUUCAUUCAGCCACACACACACACAUACUUAAAGUCACCAUGUUCGUACACAUGUAAACAAAAUAACCGUAAACAACAUAGUACCAAUCCCGCGCACUCCUGCUUAAAACCAUAAACUUGCUUGUGAAGUACAUACAUAUUUGUUGAUUUUAUUUAAAAAUAAUCAUACAAAAUGCCCGAGUGUUGUCAGUCAUGUAUGGCACGCAUACCCUAUGCAACGCUUAUAGCGACGCUCAUGUGUCUGCUCGGAGUUGGCAUCUUCUGCGGCACAAUGUACCGAGGUGCUUCGCUUACGGUUAUUAUGAUGGAUCAGGUGUUUCACCUGCGUCUCAUAUGGAUCGAGGCUGUGCAGAUGAUAUUUGUCAUAAUUGCCGCUGGCAUGGCUGCUCUUGGCUUUAUGAUUCUGUUUGUGGGCUUUCUAGCAACGGGUGCGACACGCUACAAAGUUUACCGCGCGUGGCGAUCACGCGUCGGCGGUCGCAUCUCCUGCGCAGUGCUUAUGGGCAUUACGUAUGUGCUUAACUUCGUGUGGACGCUCAUUUUAUGCUUCUUGGUUAUAGUAACGUUCAUUUACACCAUGUUCUGGAACAUGUGCUCAAGUGUGGAGCAUUCUUUAAGCUGUAUUGAUUUGACACAAUUUCAUUUCAUGUUUCCGCCAAACACCAAGCUUGAGGACAUGAAGGUUUGCGAAAAGUAUGAGAUCAAGGCAUUCUGCAAGGAUGGCGUUGAGAACGCUGAAGUCAUGUUUAUUCUGGCCACGCUUUCUACGCUGUUGGUCAUUCUCAGUCUUGUGCACUAUUUGAUGUGUCUUUCGGCCAAUUACGCGCACAUUCGUGACCAUGAAAAAUUCCAGGAACUGCAGGAGAUACAAAAUCUAAACGAACUUGAGUAUAGCGCCACUUCCAAGGAUCGCUUCUAGGAUUUAUUUAGAACUAUUCAAUUUGAGCUUCAUCAAUAAUAAGAAGAAAAAAAUUGGCACAAUGAAGCACAAUGACACAGUAAUGCAACGAAAUUUAGCUGUAGCGUUAAAACUUUGUUUUUUGAUUAUAUGCAUAUUCCAAUUUAUGCAUUAGAUAUUGGUUAAUUUAUUGUUCUGUAUUUUUAAUAUAACUUUAGGCCAGUAACGACGUCAACGAUACGCAAAUUGUACACACAGAAUUGUAAUUAUAUUCAUCCUUUUAAGCAAUAACGGUGUUACUUGUCCCCCACCGUAAAACAUUCAAAAUUUGAAGUGUUCAUUACAUCAAUAGAGUCUACUUAACUAUCUUA